AUGAAAAAUCGAAUAGCGUCGGACCAAGCCGCCGCCCCUGUCUACCCUCGACGGCCCCAAACUGCCUCGCGUGUCCUAUCGGCGGCUUUCGUCACUCUCGUCUGCCUCGCAGCCCUCAACACUAUAUUUCCUGCAUCCAAGACACGGCAUGUCCUCUUGCCUCUGCAGGAAAAGCCUGCUUUUGAAUGGGACGAGAUAUCGGCGAGUGAACAUCUACAAUUUCACAAAUGCUUCAACGGGUUUGAAUGCGCCAAACUAAAGCUGCCAUUGGACUACUUUAAUGGCGCUUACCCCAAUCACUCCGUUAGUAUCGCCAUCACAAAGGUACCUGCUGUAGUGCCAGUUAGUGAUCCACGUUAUGGUGGUCCUAUCCUGACAAAUCCCGGCGGACCAGGUGGAGCAGGCGCCGCGUUUGCCCUCACUGCAGGAAAAGCACUACAACUUCUUGUCGACUCGGACGAGCCUCCCAACAUUGCUUCUAGUGACGCAAAAUACUUUGAUAUCAUUGGAUUCGACCCUCGCGGCAUUGGUCGGACGGAACCUGCUGCACGAUGUAUGCCGGAUCGCCCUUCAGCAUGGUCCUGGAAUUUAAGGGAAGCCGAUGAAGGCCUUCUUGGAAGUUCAGAUGCAGCCCUGGGGAGACUUUGGUCCAUGACGCAUGCUUUUGGUGCAUCUUGCAAACUUGCCGACCAAGGCCAGAGUGGUCCGGACAUCAAGCGAUACAUGUCCACAGCAUUUGUUGCCCGAGACAUGCUCGAGAUUGCUGAGAGGCACGCCGAAUACGUUGCAAACGAGGCCGCUCAAGUUUCCGCUAGAGAUUCCGGCAAGCGACAUGUAGAUCAUAACACUACGUAUGUUCCAGGACAGACCAAGCUGCAAUACUGGGGCUUCUCGUAUGGAACCUACCUCGGAUACACAUUUGCCUCCAUGUUUCCUGACCGUGUUGGGCGUUUGGUCCUUGACGGAGUCGUCAGUUCACUUGAGUACAAUCACUCGCAGGGCAAUGGCAGUCUUGUAGACUCGGAGAAAGCGUUAUCAUCCUUUUACACAUUUUGCUUCAACUCUGGUCCCAAACACUGCCCAUUAGCGACGGUAAACUCCAAUGUCACCGAUAUUCAAGAGCGCGUCCUGCGAAUUGUAGACUCCCUAUAUCACGACCCACUGCCAAUCGUUUCGCUCGACGGGCCUGAAUUUCUAACAUGGUCCGAUAUCAAGAUGCUGCUAUUCAGCUCCGUGUACCAGCCUCGCAUCAUGUUUCCAUACAUUUCCCGGAUCCUUGCAGCCAUUGAGGCAGGAAGUGGCAGUGAGCUCAACCAGCUAGCCCAGACCUACCGCUACACCCACGUAUACUCUUGUCCUGCGGGUCAUGUUUCUGAUUCCAAUGACCCAAGUUCUUCCAUUGUAUCCACAAUCUCCAUUCUCUGCAGCGACGGCGUUGAACAAGGCUAUCUCACAAAAGACGAAUUCUUCGCCUAUUGGCAACUUGUAGAAUCCGUAUCGCCCACCUUUGGAGCUUACUGGUCUAUGCUCCGAAUGCGCUGUGCAGCAUGGAAUAUCCGCGCGAACCAUAGAUUUGAGGGCCCCUUUGGUGCCAAUAAUACCUCUAACCCCAUCUUGUUUAUAUCUAACACGGCAGACCCUGUUACUCCGCUGAAUAGCGGUCGGUACAUGAGCAACCUAUUUCCUGGUAGCAGUCUACUUGUAAGUGACCAUGCGGGUCACUGCACGCUGUCUGGACCUGACAAUUGUAUUUUCGAACGCGUGAGAAGCUACCUCCAUACGGGAGAGAUACCAGUGUCGGGAACAGUUUGUGUUCCACCUCCGAGUCCUUUUUCACUUAACUCAACAAGACCGGAUUCGCCGUUUUAUGACCCUUCGCUCAAGAGUGCAGGGCUUAUCGUCACACAAGAGCAUGAUUUAGAUACCAAGCAGCGCCGGCUUCGUGACGCAGGUAUCAGACUACACAAGGCCGUUACUGAGAGUGGUAUGAUGGGUUUGGAUAUGCCAGGUGCUGAGAAGAUGAAGCGUGUGAUCCGCCUUGCUAGUGGGGAUCAUGAAUGGUGA